AAUUAUAUGGAUCACAAUCCCAACGCACAACCCGUGACUGUUAAAGCGUUGUACGAUUAUAAGGCCGAAAGAGGCGAUGAGCUAUCAUUCUGUAAGCACGCAAUCAUAACAAAUGUGAUAAGACUGGAGAGCGGCGGCGGCUGGUGGAGAGGCGACUACGGCGGCAAAAAGCAACACUGGUUUCCCGCAAACUUUGUCGAUGAGUUUGAAGGCCCGGAUAACUCCGAUAAGUCUUCAGAACUGAGCCAACCAUUCGGUAAUCUCCAGAAGGGAAGCAUCAAUAUUGUCGGCUGUUCUGUAGUGGCACUGAACGAAAUUUCAGCGCAAAGCGAAGCCGAGAAACUCGAUUGGAUCGCAAAGAUUAGAGAGACCUCACAACACGUCAAUGAUAUUAUUAGACAAAAUCAAGAAAUGGAGAAAAGCUUACGAAUAGCGCAGGAGUUAUCAAAUUUGAUCAUUUACUGUCGAGCCGUUCAGUUUGUUCCCAAUAAAGCCGGACAUUUCACCGAAAUGUCUUCAUUUCCUGAGUCCAAAGUGGAGAAGUUUUUGAGUCCAAACAACAGUCAAGUGAAGCUAAUAAAGCACAACGAAACACAAUUUACUCGCGUUUACCCAAAAGGGGGACGAAUUGAUUCGUCAAAUUACGAUCCCAUGAAGAUGUGGUUGAAUGGAAUCCAAAUGGCAGCUCUUAACUAUCAGACGCCCGACAGAGCCAUGCAAUUGAAUGGCGCAAAGUUUAGACAAAACGGUCGCUCGGGUUAUGUGUUGAGGAGUGAUCUCAUGUUUGACGAACACUUCAAUCCAUGCGAUAGGACUUCGCUUAAAGGCGUAUUGGGAGCGAGACAUCUGAUGAAGUCUGGCAGAGGUAUCAUCUGUCCAUUGGUUGAGGUGGAGAUCGUUGGCACCGAUUAUGACGCCCACAAACAGAAGACCACUACUAUUCCGGACAAUGGCUUUAAUCCAGUUUGGAAUCAGACAUUUGUGUUUGACAUCGAUUGUCCGGAUUUGGCAUUUUUGCGAUUCGCUGUAUACGAUGAGGACAUGUUCGGUGAUCCCAAUUUCUUAGGCCACGGAACGUAUCCAAUCAAAUGCCUCCGAACUGGUUACAGAAGUGUCCCUUUGAAGAACGAUUACAGCGAAGAAUUAGAGUUGUCCUCACUAUUAGUGCACAUCAAUAUUAAAACUAUUCGGUCCGAAGAUCCCAUUUAUUGUUCAAUUCAAGAAUUGAGGGACAGUUCACGUAAUUUGAAUAAAAUGAUAGCCGAAGCCGAAAGAAUUGGCGAUUCAUCAAAAGCUCAAAACUUUAGGACACAAUUGGGACGAAUCGAGGAGCAGCUCAUCAAAACAAACCAAGAGAGGAUGAAGAGUUCGACAAAUGGCAGCCUUUAAUGAUUCGCUAAUUCAAUCACAAAAGAAAGAAACACACAAUCAAUGGAUUUAUUUUCGCAAAAAAGCUGUUACUAUUACUUAAUGAAAUUAACUUAACAUUUAUCACAACUGUGUUAACAGUUAUCCUUAAAAGCCUUAUCCAGUGAUCAGUAUUUGCCACAAUUAUUGGACGCAUUGUCUCUUAACUAUGAAAAUAGGCCUUUUUAUUGCCAAAAAUUUUUAUACCGUAUAAAUGUUUAUAUAGUGCUGUUGUGUCUGGAAAACCAAUGUUAUAUCAAGACUGGGAUAACCACUACUGUUAUCUGAUUUGAAUUACAGGACUCGUGGGUGGAGUGAUAGCACAUACAUCGGCCCCGCAAUCAUUGAUUAAUUUAUUGCAUUUUAAUUUAUUUACACAACAAAACACAACAAUUUCGCAACUGAGCUCUCAUUAGCUGUC